GAGACUUGGUGCGAGUAAGUUCGUUAGUUGAGCGGCUUGUUUGGCAUUAUGUGCUGUGACAUGUUGCACUAUACCUAAUAUAUAACUUAUGUGUAGUCGGAAAUUCCUGACGCAGCUCUUCGGGUUUCCCCACGAGGCUGACUGCUCGGGUAUCUAACGGGUACUGUACGGCGAGUGCUGCGUUCAAAUGCUCCUCCGACGUCUGUUCUCAUGUUCGUCUGUUAUAUUUCCGACGGCCGUGAAGGCAGCGGGAGGCAGGGGCGUGGCUGUCAGAGAUAAAGUGCAGUACGUGCAGAGGGCUCACGUCGCCGUGGUGGACGGUAACAAGAACAACAUCCCGCUGCCAGGCACGUCCCCGGACCUUCAGGAUACAUUGGAGAACCAGGACCGACCCACUCUGGUCUGGGAGGAGAGUUAAACCGCAGCUGCUGCUGCUGCUGCAGUCCUCGCCCAUCUAACGUCCAACUGAAACUGAGAGACGGAAGAAGACCGAGCCUACACUGUUACAGCCUGUCGAGCUAAAGAGAUUAAAGGUGUGUCUGUGCCUCCGGUUAUAAGCAGCAGACAUCAUGGAGGACGAGCUGAUGUUCAGCAUGGAGGAGGAGGAGGGCAGCGCCAAGAGAGCCCCUGUCCAACGCAGUGCCCCCAGUCAGCGGGCAUCUUCCCUCAGUGAUGCCAACGCCAGUGACGACGACGACGACGACGACCACUUCAUCUGCCCCAUCCUGGACGACUCUGCCAAAGAAAUUUGCCACUACCUGAAGAAUCUGGUUUACACCCGGCAGCUGUCAAACUCUCUCCCCAAGACCAACUUUAUGUUCAAGAGUGAAACAGAAACAGAGGCAGAACCUCGGUCGUACAAGGUUUUGUCUGAGAGCGCACGGGACGCAUGGAAGAAUGCAAUUGAAAAGGCCAAGGCCAUGCCCGACCCCUGGGCCCAGUUUCAUCUGGAGGAAAUCCAGACUGAAGCCUGCAUUCGUUACAGGUACAAUGCCGUCACAGGAGAGUGGGCUCAGGACCAGGUCCACAUCAAGAUGGCUUCCCAGCCGUUUGGGAAAGGGGCCAUGAGGGAGUGCUUCAGAACGAAGAAGUUGUCGAAUUUCUCACAUAGCAGCAACUGGAAGUCAGCGUCUAAUUAUGUGGCCAAACGUUACAUGGAGACAGUAGACAGAAAUGUUUACUUUGAGGACGUCAGGCUGCAAAUGGAGGCCAAACUCUGGGGAGAGGAGUACAGCCGCCACCGACCUCCCAAACAGGUGGACAUCAUGCAGAUGUGCGUGGUGGAGAUGAAGGACAGACCAGGUAAACCUCUCUUCCACCUGGAACAUUACAUCGAGGGCAAGUACAUUAAAUACAACUCCAACUCCGGCUUUGUGAGGGACGACAACAUCCGACUCACUCCGCAAGCCUUCAGUCACUUCACUUUUGAGCGAUCUGGCCACCAGCUGAUCGUGGUGGACAUCCAAGGAGUCGGAGAUCUCUACACUGACCCUCAGAUCCACACAGAGAAGGGAACUGACUUUGGGGAUGGAAAUCUAGGCGUUCGAGGCAUGGCGCUGUUCUUCCACUCCCACCUGUGUAACAAGAUCUGCAAGAGUAUGGGCCUGACGCCUUUUGACCUUUCCCCCCAAGAGAAGUCCCAGCUGGACUGCACCAACAAACUGCUGAAGUCGGCUCAGACGGUGCUGCGGGGCUGCGAGGAGCCCUGUGGUUCUCCUCGCGUUCGGACAAUGUCGGGAAGCCGGGCGCCUCUGCUGUUAUCCCGCCUGUCUGAGACGUCCUCUGCGGACGAGAGCAUGAGCGACGUGGACUCGGUUCCCUGCUCGCCUCUCAUCUUCCCCUGCUCCCCGCUAGCUGCACCUGGAUUUACGGGCAGGUCCCCCGCUGGAUUAUCUUUUACUGGGAUGAAUGAACACAAUAACAAUAACAACACAGGCGAACACAAGGACCCUGAUAGUGGCGGGGACAGCGGCUACCCCAGCGAGCGGAGGAGCGAAGGCGACCCAAAUGACCACGUGGACGGGGCCCAUCAUCGCUACAAAAGACAGUAUUCUGAGUCGGAUGAGGACAGUGUCAGACGGAGGAAGAUGGUAGCUCCUCCAAGAGUCUCUGCCAGCUUAUAUUCAAACACUCCUGACAACGAAUCGCUGACAGAGGAGAAGUGGAACUUCUACCAUUCAUCUCGCGCUCACGUCCAUCGACCUUCCUGUGUGGCCACUGAGGUGGAGCGACUCGGCGCUAUGCUGCAGAAGAAGAUUGGCCAGUCAAACCUCGGGAAGGUCCACCUGGCGAUGGUGCGGUACCACGAAGCGGGUCGUUUCUGCGAGAAGGACGAGCAGUGGGAUCAGGACUCGGCCAUGUUCCACCUGGAGAGAGCUGCACUGUGUGGAGAGCUGGAGGCCAUCGUAGCCUUGGGACAGUGCUGUCUGCAGCUGCCUCAUCACAUACUGCCAGACGUGGAGAUGGAGGAUAAUGCAGGAAACCGGAUGAAAGGUUUUAAGUAUCUGCUGCAGGCUGCUGAGGCUGGUGACAGAUCUUCUAUGAUCAUAAUGGCCAGAGCCUUUGAUAAUGGGAUCAAUCUGUCAGCUGACAGGAAGCAGAACUGGGAGGAAGCGAUUCACUGGUACGACAGUGUGUUGAACAUGUCGGACUAUGACGAGGGCGGAGAGUUUGAUGGGACGCAGGACGAGCCUCGCUACCUGCUGCUGGCCAGAGAGGCAGAGAUGUACCAAGAGGGAGGCUACAACCUCAAGGCAGACCCACAGAGAGCAGGUGAUCUGUUUACAGAAGCGGCAGAAGCUGCCAUGGCGGCCAUGAAAGGUCGAUUGGCGAACCAGUACUACAUGAAAGCUGAAGAGGCCUGGGCGCUAAUGGAGGAGUAAUUCUUUUUAUCACAGAAAGGCCACUGGAGGGUUAAUGUGUCUGAUAGUUGGGCUGAUUUAUACACAAUCAGGAUACAACCUGAAUUGUUAUCGUUUACAUAUUUUUUUUAUUGCAGAAUGUUUUGCCCUUUGUGCUCUGUGUGUGUGUGUGUGUGUGUGUGUGUGUGUGUGUGUGUGUGUGUGUGUGUGUGUGUGUGUGUGUGUGUGUGUGUGUGUGUGUGUGUGUGUGUGUAAUGAUCAGGUUUCCAGGUUUCUGCUCUUCUUUUUCCCGUUUGUGAAGCUUGUCUUCCUGGCUCCUGUUUUCUUUUUAAAUUUCCUGUCUCUGAUCACCUUUUGGAUUAAAGUGGUUGCAUGAAAGAAGAAGGUCUGAAGAAUCAAAACAAAGAAAAUGGUUUACUUACUGUUGCCCUUAAAUGUUAGCACACUUAUGUUGGAAGUAUAUAUGUAAAAAUGCUUGGAGUUUAAAACUGUAAAAUAAAGUUUGGAUUGCUUUUUAUGGAUUAAA